CGACCCAUCCCGCUCCCCUACUCAUAUUCAUAUACCGAGAAACAAACGCCGCAGGGGCCGCGUCGAUCCACACAUCCCUAGGAGCAACACCAUCCCUCCGUUCUUUCGGUGGCUCUCCAUCCAACUCCCUAUCCCUCUACACGCCCCGCUCUUGCCCACCUUUUCUAUCCUUCCCUCCCUCUCUGGCCUCUUUGGUUGGCUUUGUGGUUUCCCCUGUUGGAUUGGAUUGUUAUUUGAGAUCGGGGAGGCCGCCCAUGGGAUCUCUGGAGGACGCGCGGUUCGAGGGGGAGCUGGAGAACGGGGUGGGGCUGGAGGAGCUGGAGGAGGAGCUGGACGCCGCGUCGGGAUCGGGAUCCGGGCCUGAGGCGACGAGGACCAUCGAGGAGGCCGUCAGGGUCCUUCUGCAAGGCCUUGGGGAGGACCACGAGCGGGAGGGGCUCAGAAGGACGCCGCUCCGCGUUGCCAAGGCCUUCCGGGAGGGCACCAGAGGUCGCAACUUUGAAAUUUACCAUGGCUUGGGAUUGGUUCAAGUAGAAGGUUACAGACAAAAUGUGAAGGACAUUGUUCAAGGUGCUCUGUUUCCUGAAGCUGGUUUGGACAAUGGGAUAGGUUAUGCAGGAGGAGCUGGUGGGCUGGUGGUCGUUCGAGAAAUCAACUUAUUCUCAUAUUGCGAAUCCUGCCUGCUUCCAUUUAGUGUUCAGUGCCAUGUUGGUUAUGUCCCAUCAGGGCAACGAGUUGUUGGCCUAAGCAAGCUUUCUAGGGUUGCAGAUGUCUUUGCUAAGAGGCUUCAAGACCCACAGAGGCUGUCUGAUGAUAUCUGUGCAGCACUGCAGAACAGCAUCAACCCGGCUGGUGUGGCUAUUGCUCUUCAGUGCCGGCACAUCCAGUUUCCAGAGGCUCUAAGUUGUAAUCCCAACCCAAAGCAUCCUUGCAAAUCAGAAAUGCAGGGCUGGGUUCGGGCAUCUGUCUGUUCUAGUUCUGGAGUUCUUGAGGUUAACUCUUUCUGGACGGACUUCUUAGCUCUUCUGAAAUUCAGAGGCAUAAACUUAGAAGGGUGCAGUAAAAACUGCUUUCCUGUUCAGUCUUGGUGCCCGUCAAGGUCUUUGGAAGCACCCCUAUGCAAUGGGCAUAGCACAAAAAAUCCCAAUAAUGGUAAGGUUUCUUCCAAGCCAGGGCCUACUCAUGCUUCCAUGGUUGCUGCGGUAACCUCAAUUCUCUACUCCCUUGGUGAAGACCCAAUGAGGAAAGAACUCAUUGGCACCCCUUACCGUUAUGUGCAGUGGCUGAUGAAGUUUAAGAGUUCUAACCUGGACUUGAAGAUGAAUGGUUUCAAUCUUGGUAAAUUGACAUUGCAUAAGAAGACAGGAGAUGUUGUUAAUAGCCAAAGUCAGAUUCAUUCUGUGUUGAAUUUGCCUUUCUGCUCUCAGUGCGAGCAUCAUCUACUGCCAUUCCAUGGAGUGGUGCACAUAGGCUACUUUGAUGAGGAAGAAGGCAAAGGUAUUGAGCGAUCCAUUUUUCAGUCAAUGGUUCAUUACUACGGCUGCAAACUCCAAGUGCAGGAGAGGCUCACGAGGCAGAUAGCAGAGGCAGUUCAUCAUGUUUUCUGUAGGGGGGUGAUGGUUGUUGUGGAAGCCAACCACAUUUGUAUGAUAUCAAGAGGGAUCGAGAAGGGGGGAAGUAGCACGGCAACAAUCGCUGUUAUGGGUCAGUUUUCAACUGAUCCAGCUGCUAAGGCAUUGUUUCUUCAGACCAUUUCAAACAAUACUGCAUCAGGCGGAUGAUCUUGCUUUGUUAUAUCUUCAGGUUUUAAUCUGAUUAUGGUCAACAUUUUUUCCUGCCCACAUUUAUAUGGGCAUGGCAGGCACAAUUUCAGUGGUGAUUUUCUCCAACUAGCUCGAAUGAUUAUAAUUUUGAAUUUCCUCGAUUUUUUUGUUCGAUACACCUGAGCAGCAACCAGAAGUCUGUCAUUCUAGGAGCAGGAGGGUGUGGCAAGGGGGAAACAGCAUGAGGUUUGAUAUGCCCUGUUGUUACCAAAAUCUAUAAGGAUGAUGAAGAUCUUUCAGUUUUUUCCCCUGAUGUAUUACUUUCUUAAAAUGUAAUGCAUUCUUAUCAAGUUAAUGAUUCCUUUUUACAAGAAAGCAAAAUAAAAGGAGGGGUGAUGCUUGUUUUAUUAUA